AUGUUCAAUUUCUCCACUCUUGUGCACAAUCCUCAAUCCAACACACUCUUCUUCUCUCCCUUCCCAUUCCUCCCUUCUUCCGCCACACCCCACAAGUUUCAAUCUCUCAAACUCCCCACAAACUGGAACCUCCACAAUUCUCUCUCCUCAUCGUACCAAAACGACAACUACGAAGAACAUGUAAUCGGAGAUUGUCUCGUCUUCGAGGAAGGCAUUUUCGAAGACCCCAUUUUUCCUUCUCCCGACCACCUCGUAGACAACAAACAACCAAAACCCACUUCCAAGAAAAAGAAGAAGAAAACAGUAACCAUUAAGUCUGAGAAUUUGGUUCCUGACAAGUGGAGAGAAGUUCAAGCAGCGUUAAACAUAACGAAGAAAGAGGCUCGUAAGAUAGCCCAGGAGAUUGAGUUCAAUAGUAAGGUUUUGAAGAAGAAAAGAGGGUUGGCUCCUUUGAGGAAUAUGAGUUUGGAGGAUUAUCAGGCUUAUAGAGACGCUAUGUUGGCCAAGUUGAAACCCGUGGUUCUUGAUAAGCCUCCAAGUUCUAGUUUUGCUGAGAAAGAGGAAGAGGAAGAGUUGGAAGAUGAAUUGAAUGAUGGGUCUGGUGAUGAACGUGUUCAGCCUAAGAAUCCUAGGUGGGCUGUUUAUGGAAGAGGUUUGGAGGAUGUUAAUGAGUUUUUGAAUAGUGAAAGUUAUGAACUUGCUGUUAAGAAAACUGAAGGUCGUCCUAAGUUGUUUACGAAGGAGGAGAAGGCUUUGUUGAGUAUGAAUAAGCCAGACUUGUCAGUUGCUACUUCAGAUAAAUGGCUUCCUCUACAUACUUUUGCUGCGAGCGCAGAAUCUUUCCUCUUAGAAACUUUGUUGAAGCACGGGGUUGAUAUUAAUGCUACGGAUAAGGAUGGUUUGUCCGCUCUUUACAAAUCGAUAAUUGUAAGAAAGCGUGGCAUAACCAAUCAUCUCCUGCGAAACUCAGCCAAUCCUUUUGUACAAGAUAAUGAUGGGGCUACCUUAAUGCACUAUGCUGUACAAACAGCUUCUGUCUCAACAAUAAAAGCGCUCUUGUUGUAUAAUGUGGAUAUAAAUCUUCAGGACAAUGAUGGCUGGACACCAUUACAUCUUGCAGUUCAAACUCAGAGAAGUGAUGUAGUAAAGCUUCUGCUGAUUAAAGGUGCUGAUAAGACAUUAAAAAACAAGGAUGGUUUAACUCCACUUGACCUUUGUCUUUACUCGGGUCAAAGUAUCAGAACAUAUGAGUUAAUCAAGUUGUUGAAACAGCCUCCAAGACGCAAUAGAAAUGCUCGAAAGAAGACAUCUCUUAAAAACUUGGACUAA